AUGAAUGCUGAGUUACAAGCUCUAGAGGGAACUGCUACUUUGAAUGUUGUUUCUUUGCCUCCAGAUAAACAUGCUAUCGGAUGUAAAUGGGUUUACAAGGUUAAACUUAAUGCUGAUGGUAGUUUGGAACAUUACAAGGCACGAUUAGUAGCAAAAGGAUAUACACAAAGAGAAGGUGGUUAUUUUGUGGAUGAUUUCUCACCUGUUGCGAAAAUGACGACAGUCAAGACUUUCCUUGUUGUUGCAGCUGCAAAGAAAUGGAGUCAGUGGUUUAUUAAGUUCAGUUCCACACUAAUGUCUUUGAGGUUCAGAAAGUCUCAUGUUGAUCAUACUCUGUUUAUAAGAAAUAUAAAUGGUAAGUAUGUUGUAGUUUUGGUCUAUGUGGACGACAUUCUUAUCAAUAGUAAUGAUGAUAAUGAGGUCUGCACAUUGAAAGAAGAUUUGAAGAAAGCUUUUACGCUCAGAGAUCUGGGGUCAUUACAAUAUUUUCUUGGCCUUGAAAUUGCAAGAUCAGUUUCAAGAAUAUCCUUAUGUCAACGGAAGUACGCUUUGGAUAUUUUGGAUGAAACUUGCAUGUUGGCUUGUAAACCGUACAUUGAGUCUGUAAUUGAUCUGGUAUAG